AUGGGACAACUCCCAACUCAACGUGUCACCCCAGCGCCACCAUUUUCUCACACUGGAGUCGAUUACGCUGGUCAAGUAUCAAUCAAAUCAUGGAAAGGUCGAGGAUCCAGGAUAUACAAGGGCUGGAUCUGUGUGUUUGUCUGUCUGACCACAUCAGCAGUUCACGUCGACCUUGUCAGCGACUACUCAUCAUCAGGAUUUAUAGCAGCUCUCCGACGGUUUAUUCACCGUCGAGGGAUAUGUACAGCACUCUACAGCGACUGUGGAACGACAUUCCAAGGCGCGUACUCGGAACUCAAGCGGCUCUUCACUCAAGGCACUCAAGAAUCUCAUGCUCUACUCGAUUGGGCCACUGUGCAUCAAAUCACAUGGCAUUUCAAUCCCCCUGCUGCUCCCCAUAUGGGUGGUAAAUGGGAAGCCGCAGUGAAAUCGGUGAAACAUCACCUGACUCGCACACUCGGAGAAUCAGCCUUCACGUUUGAAGAACUUACGACUCUUUUAACGCAAGUGGAGGGGAUUUUGAACUCGAGACCAUUGGAGGCUCUAUCCGACGAUCCUCAGGAUCCUUCAUCGCUCACUCCAGGUCAUUUUCUCAUUGGGAGACCAAUCGCUGCGAUCCCUGAACCUUCACUCAUGGAUACAGAAGUAUCAAGACUCUCUCGCUGGCAGUUCAUUCAGCAACGUGUCCAGCAUUUUUGGAAUCACUGGUCCACCAGCUAUAUUCAACGUCAUCUGGCUCGAACCAAGUGGCAUCAUGCUCGCAAUGACAUCAAACUCGGCUCAUUAGUCCUUCUCACUGAUGAACGAACUCCACCAACUCGAUGGCCACUCGCGAAAGUGACUGCGCUCCAUCCAGGGAAGGACAACCUCACUCGAGUGGUAACCAUUCAAACAGCCACUGGUACUCUCACUCGUCCAAUUGCCAAGCUCGCACUCCUACCACUUGCUCCAGAACCAGAUGCCUAA